AUGAAGAUAAAUACAACAAAUGCCGUCACCAACAUUCAUAUUCCACUUACAUAUGUCCAACACAUGUCAGAGAAGAUCAAAAAGACGUUAACAAGAAGAGUGCCGGAAUUCAAAAUAGCGUUUAAACCAACUAAUCGCGUGAAAAAGUUUUUCACUAAACUUAAAGACGAGAUUCCGAAAAAUGAUUUGACAAAUGUUAUUUAUAAAAUCAAAUGUGAAUGUGGACUUUGUUACAUUGGUCAGACGAUACAAUCAGUCAAAAAACGUAUUGGACAACAUAAAAAUGACGUUAAUUCAAUUAAGAAUUUAAAUAGAAACUGCAAUGACGAAUUUUUGGAAGAAUUGAAAGGAAAAACAGCUUUAACUGAACAUGUCGCUCUUACAAAUCAUAAAUUUGAUUUUGACAAUUUUGAAAUUGUUGAUCACACGAGAAAUCGAUCACAACUCAAUAUUCUGGAAAUGUUACACAUACAGAAUAAUUCAACAGUCAAUCGACGCACUGACACCAUGAAACUCAGUCAAAUUUAUAACGGAGUAUUAAAAAUGAGAAAUAAAUUACCGAGAAAGCCGCGACCUGUUCGGAGAAAUGAGAGAAUCCUGAGAUAA